CCCCCUCCUCCCUUCGACUCUUCACUGCUCUCUCACAAUUGCCUCUCCAAGAAAGAGAGAGAUUUGCAGAGCAGGGGCAGGGCAAUGGCAUUGGAAACCUACGCAGUGCAAAACCGUGAUAAUAUCCACGCUGACGUCCUCUAUGAAGCAAGACAAGCGUGCUACAAGGCUCGAGACGCGUUCUAUGCGUGUUUGGAGAGGGAAUCCAACAAGAAACCCACCGAAAUCGCGUCGGUAGGACUACUGUACCCGGUCGAGUGCAAGAAAUCUAGGGUUGAGUAUGUGAAGCAAUGUCGACCUACUUGGGUGAAGCAUUUCGAUAGGCAGCAUGCUUCCAAGAAGAGGCUUCAGAGGUUUUUGGUUGACAGUGAGUCCAGGAGAGGUCCGUUGACACUUCCACAGCCUUACACUUUCAAGUCCAGUCAUUGAUUUCUGUGCAUACAUAUAGGAAAAUUAUAAACACGGGUUCAUCUUGAUUUUAUUGUUUCGAAUCGCCAAUAUUUCAUGAUCAACCAUUUGGGCUAUAUGUACCGUCUUGCAGUAGAAAUUCAUUGUUUCUCCUACUUGGUAUUAAUAGUUUCAACUGAAAGCUGGAAAAAGGUGCACCUUUUUAUAUUUGAACUCGGGGCAAGUCUGAGACUGUUGCUUUGAAUAGUUAUGAUAUUACUUACUUCAUGGUUGUCUCUGGUUACUUCAAUUCCAAAUGAACUUUUGGAAUUCAUUUUCUUGUGAUUGUUGCUCAUUUUCAGGGGGACCUUUUUUUUUUCCCCUUUUUUUGUUGGAAGUAUUUAAGUAAAUUGGCUUUAUUGGGCUGGGUCGAU